CGAGAUCGCCGAACGCAGAUGACCUCGGCUUCUGUGCGAAAUCUGGGCCGAGUGUUUGCAUCCACCACACCAUCAGCAGCAACGCAGCCCGCCCACGCAAUCGACGCUUCGUCGCAGAUCUGGCGUGCCGGACAGCGAAGAUGCCGCUCAGGGUGGAGUGCAGCAGCCAGGGCCAUGGGAGGCCACCAUCGAUGCCGCCCUUUCAUCGCUGGACGGCUCGAUGGGCGUCUGCGCGUCAUGGCAGUGCGGCAUUUCGCCACCAAAGCGUCGGCGUAUUACCAACCUGACCACAACAAGAAAAAGAUCAAAGUGUCAGAAGGUCAGAAGAAGGUCAAAGUGUCAGAAGGUCAGUCAGCACGAACAGACAGACCACAGCCGCCAGCGGGCUCAUCUGAUUCAUCCGUGGUGUGUGGUGUGGUGUGAUGGCUGUGCGACCACCAGGUCAGUACAAGCGUCGUCCGGUGCAGUCCCCAUGGCACAAGCCUUCGUCGAAUCAGCAGGAGGCCGACGACGACGAAAUGGCCGAGGCCCGCAUGCUGCCCAUGUCCUUGAGCGCCGACACGGAGAAGAAGAAGGCCAAGGGCAGGGCCGCAAUAAGGAAGGCCAUCGAGAGCAACGCACAGCUGAGAGGCAUCAACCCAGACCUCGUCGAGCGGGCACUCGACCCCAUGUGAGUGAGUAGGGACGGACGGACGCCACAGCACAAGAGAGCAGAACUAGCCAGGGGAAGGAUCGUUUCUUUCUUGGUUCGUUUGUGUGGCGUAUUGUGUUGUGUUGUGUGAGUGCAGGCUGCUGUCUGUGUACACGACGUAUGGCGUCCAUGUGGUUUACUACCGUCCUCCGGGCGGCAAGUGGUACUUUUGGACCAACAAUCUUGGCAGCUUCUCCAUGACGCUCAUCACCGGCGGACUCAUCCUCAUGGAAAGAAGUCAGACGCACACACACACACACAGGGCGGAAUCGCGGAUGUGUGUGUUGUGUUGUGUGCGUCUCCGCUGCUCGUGUUGUGUUGUGUCGGUCCCCAGGCAUGAUCGAGCCGUGGAUGUCCUUCCCCAUCGCUGCUGUGGGUAAGUACGUCAAGGGCACAACACAACACAACACAUGGGCCUCCCUCGAAAUACGACAGAGGACAGCAGCACUGCUCUGCACUGCACUGCAUGCCUCGCCUGUCCCCUUUUGGUUGCAGUGCUUGCCCUCUGGUUCUUCCCAUACCUCCGGCUCAAGACGUAAGCUAGAGCGGCAGACAGAGCAACAUACGCACACACCUGCAGGCCACUGACUGCGUGUCUGUGUGGGUGUGUUGGUUGUUGGCCGGGCCGUGUUCAGGUUGGCGACUCGUUUGGUGUACGAUGUGCGCGGCCGGCGCAUCUCGUUCCGCGGCCACAAUUUCUGGGGGCUGCAGGGCCUGCAGGGGGACGUGUUCUCUCUCAGCAGAAUUAGGCUGGUCUGGACCACCAGGAAAUACAUCAAGUUCAAAGUCAGGGUAGGUGAGCUCCCCUCCUGCCCUGCCCACACGGGCCCAACAUAAUAAUAUAAUGCCAGUCGGUCGUCGAUGUCUGUCUGUCUGCCUGUCUGUCUGUCUGCCUGUCUCUGUCUGUCUGUGUCUGGGCAGGCCAACAGUGUGUUUGACCCCUUUGGCUGGGUCACGUGGCGCAUCCCUCGGUUCGAGAAUAUCCUCAAGCAGGAGAGGAACCACCGCGACUUCACCAAGCACAUGUGGGCGGGGGCGGGCGGCGGGGCCACCCCCAUGCGCCACCCCUUCCCCGUGGUCGCAUCGGACUUCCCCCUGGACCAGGAGGGCCUCAGCAAGACGGGAUUCGACUUCGGCUUCUACCAGGGCACCGACGAGGAAUACGCCGCACUCGGAUACAAAACACCCAAUGGUCCGUUGGUUGGCCAUCACGGCACAACAACACUCAACCACCAGCACUGUCUGUAUGCCUGUCUGUCUGUCUGUGUGUCUGGGUGGGUGUGUGGGUGUCAGUGGUCAAGAACCACUUCAUUUCCUCCAAUGUGACCCUGGAGGCGACGCAGCCCUCUCUCUUCUCCCGCCUCUUGCGUCGCGUCAUGAGGCGCUUCUCGCGGAUGAUGCGCGGCCCCAAGAACCCCUACACGUCCGCCCGGCACCCCGGGGCCAUCGGCCAGGCCUCCCAGCAGAUGUUCAAGCGCAAGAAGAGCGACCACGAGAGCGCCUACGCCAUGAAUGCCGACGGGACGACGUCGUUCAAGGGGGUGCGGCUGUGCACCAUGGGCGUGGCGCUGAACCGCGAGGAGGAGAUGAAGAUCGUCGAUGUGCUCAAGAGCGAGAUGAGUGAGGAUGAUCUGAGGAAGUCGGACGACAGGCGGCGGCUGUGGCAUAACUACACGCCUAAAGAGAUGUUCCUUGCAGUGCUGCGAGUGCUCACCAAAAGCUAGAACUUUCGUCGAGAGACGCAUUGCAUUGAGGCGGGGAAGGAGUGCAGUGCACGCGGUGACGUUCUUUGUCGUGUGGUGGUCCGGAUGAGUGGACCGAUGAGUGAGUGGACUGCCUGUCGGGACGGGACGGCCAUUUGUGUGUAUGCAAUCAAUGCAUUCGUCAGUCAGUGUGCUGGUCGGUCCAAGAGGAUGGUGGCGAGCUUUGGCGGAGCUCGCGGCGAGUGAACGGCAGCAGCGCGAAUAGGCAUUGUGUCUUUCUCCCCCCCCUUGAUUUUCACUGUGUCGUAUUGCGUGUUACGUAUUGAGUCACACAUGAGUGUUUGUCUGAUGGAUGCAGACGAAAUCUUAAAGUGUCUCUGUUUCGCUACGUGCACAUGAUGCAGGCUUGUGUCUGCAGUGAGUGGGUCGAG